GGUACUCCCCCUCACCUACAAGAUGGCUAACAGAAUCACAGCUCCCGAGUUGGAGCAAUUCAUAGUCGCUACUGUUGAGUUGACUGGCCGCGUACUAGGAGCAGGUGCUUAUGGCAGUGUGGAGGAGGUAGAGAUACCUGGAGCAACGGUAGCUGCCAAGAAACUGCACCAACAGCUUGUCAACCUGGGCUCUCCACAGCAGGUUGAGAAAUGGGUGAAUGAUUUCGUGGAGGAGUGUAAGCUGAUGAGCCAGCUCCGUCACCCUCACAUAGUACAGUUCCUGGGGGUGUGCUAUCUCCCUGGAGCCCAACUCCCCGUCCUACUGAUGGAGAAGCUACAAACCAGCCUCGACAACCUUCUGGAAACCAGCCCCAACAUUCCUAUUGACCUCAAAGUGCACCUUCUGACGGGGACUGGCCGAGGAGUGGUCUAUCUGCACAGCCGCACUCCACCCAUUGCCCAUCGUGAUCUGUCUGCCAAGAACAUUCUAGUCGAUAACGGUCUCAAUGCCAAGAUAGCAGACUUGGGUGUUUCUAGGAUUGUGAACAUUCAGCCUGGCCGGCUAGCUGCCUCGAUGACUCAAAUGCCAGGCACUGGUGUGUACAUGCCACCAGAGGCAGCUCAAGAGGAAGGGGUCACACGAUACAACACUGCCAUAGACAUAUUCUCCUUCGGUGUGGUAUCUCUCUUCACACUGACGCAAACCUUCCCCAAAGAUCUCAAACCUGCAACAUAUCGAGAUCCUGCUACUCGAAGGAUUGUUGGCCGAUCAGAAAUCGAACGUCGUGAACAUUACAUCAUUCCAAUGAAAGCAGCUCUUGGUGAGACCCACACCCUAGUCCAGUUGACCCUCGCUUGCCUGGAGUAUGACCAAGAAGAUCGACCAUCUGCUGCGGUGGUGUUGAGAGGAUUGGAGGAGGUUGGAACAACACUCCCUCAGAACUGCACCCAAACCAAGCUGGAACUGAUUAAACAGGUGUCUGUGAAGGAUGAAGAGAUACAGCAAGUUGCUGCUGAGAAGCAAGCUCAAAACACUCAAUUACAAGCAUCUAUCGAUCGUCUUCAAGCUGAGAAACGAGAGCAAGUUCGUGGACUGGAAGAACUGACGACUCUCCAACAAGAGCAGUUGGAAGUACAACGCAGAGAAAUUGAUCGUCUCUCCAGUUCAGUGAGGUCUACACAGAUACAGCCUCAGGAGGACACACCUCAGGGCUCAGGACAGAGAAAGGCAACCACAAACAAAACCACACAACCAAUCAAGAUUGUUGAUUCGAGCACUGGAAACGCAUUGCUACCACACAAGUGGACCACACCACAACCAACUGUUCCUACUGCCAUCACCUUCAACUGGACAACAUGCAAGGACAUACCAAGGAAGAUCGAUGUGUACGGUCAACCUGUGACUAUCAACGGGAAGGUGUACAUGAAGGGCGAGAAUAACGGGACUAAGACUGUGCUAGUGUACACACCAGAUCAGGAUAGCUGGGAUGAUCUGCCACCUCCUCCAGUGAGGGAAUUCACCUUAGCAACACUGAGAGGUCGACUGCUAGUGGUCGGAGGUCUGGACAAGUCUACUAAUAACACGAAUACCAUCCUAACAUUCGAUGAGAGCUCUCGACAAUGGGUCCAGUCACUUCCCCGCAUGCCAAAAGCAUUAACUGAUCCAGCAGUUGUUGAAUAUCAGAACCAUCUGAUCGUUAUAGAUGGAGUUGACUCAAACGACACUAUGAUAGCUGACGUGAACAUUCUGAACACAAGUAAUAAAUGGAUCACAGCCGAACCACUUCCCAGCACUGGUGACUACAGCACUUGCCUAAUUGGAGACACACUGUAUCUUGUAGGUCAAAACACUAAAGAAGUGUUUCGAGCUCAUGUACCCUCCCUCAUAUCACGAGCCAGUUCUGGUGUGUGGGAAUCUGUAGCAAGUGUGCUAUUCUAUCAGUCGUCUCCCAUCGCCAUCGGCAACACCCUCCUGACUGUGGGGGGUAGUAAUGAAGCAUAUGGAGGUAACGAUACCUCAAGCAUCCAUCUGUACGAUCCCACUAAAGACCAGUGGACACAAUGUGGUGACCUUCCCGAGGAAAUGUACUAUUGUUAUUGCAUUGAACUAUCUGGUAAACUGUGUGUACUUGGUUGUAUCACUAUCAGAUCUGUGUACACAUCAAUCCCAUCCAUUACACACUAGUAGUUAAUUGGAAUUCCAUGUUUAUUAUAUAAUUUUAAGCAUCAUUAUCGUACAAUUAUGUGUCAGUUGAUUGAAUAUUGUUUCUGA